AUGGGCGGCCGGGAUGUCGUGUGCUGGAACUGGAUGAUUACGGUGAAUGCCCAGAACAGGUUUGGUAAAGUACACCCAUGGUUGCCGCUAUGGCUCGGACUGGCCACGUACUGCGCUAAGAAUGGUCAGUUUGACCAGAUUGCAGUGCACGACGAAGUGUGUUGGAACGUUAUGCUCUGGCACAUUCCCUUAAAGGGCAUCUGGAUUGCUGCAAACUGGGCGGUUAAUGGAUCCCGACCAACAUGGCCUGAAGUUCAUGCAUCGCGGAGAUUGGAAUCCAGUCUCAAUGCUGGAAACGUUCAGACGCCACUACGCCCGCGCCGGCGAUCUCGACCGUUUGUGCGACAUGUUCGAGAAAAUGAGCGGCCGGGAUGUCGUGGGAACUGGCAUUUGGAGUUGGCAAAAGAACUCUUCGACAGUAUGCCGCUAAGAACCACCGCGACGUGGAACACGAUGAUAGGCUCUUUCCUAGGGCAGGAAGCCUACUCCUUGAUUCUAUCCAUGCCAGCGGGAGACACAAUGUCGUGGAUUCUGGCAGUCACAGUGCUUGCCCAAAUGGGGCAUAUCAAUGAAACAGACGACUUCUUUGUACGGAUGCCUGAAUGGGAGGUUUACGUCCAUGAUCGCCGCCAUGGCCCAAACUGGCCGCGUCCUGGUGGCGUGGAUGCUGCGCUAUAUUGA